GUCCCACUUCCCUUCCCCACUGGAAAACGCCACAUCUGACAGGGAGGAAGAAACACAGACCUAACCACAAGGGAGACUGAACACCGAUAUCAAGAUGCUGGCCCUCAUUAACCGGCUUUUGGACUGGUUCAAGUCCCUGUUUUGGAAGGAGGAGAUGGAGCUGACUUUAGUUGGGCUCCAGUACUCGGGAAAAACAACAUUUGUAAACGUGAUCGCUUCUGGGCAUUUCAGUGAAGACAUGAUCCCCACAGUUGGGUUCAAUAUGAGAAAAGUCACUAAAGGAAACGUCACCAUCAAGAUCUGGGAUAUAGGAGGGCAGCCGAGGUUCAGGAGCAUGUGGGAGCGGUACUGUCGGGGGGUUAAUGCAAUUGUGUACAUGGUUGAUGCAGCAGACCGAGAUAAAGUGGAGGCGUCUAGAAAUGAGCUUCAUAAUUUAUUAGACAAACCACAGUUGCAAGGAAUUCCUGUUUUGGUACUUGGUAACAAAAGGGAUCUCCCCACUGCUCUAGAUGAAAAGCAGCUCAUUGAGAAAAUGAAUCUGUCAGCUAUUCAGGACAGAGAGAUAUGCUGCUACUCAAUUUCCUGCAAAGAGAAAGACAACAUUGAUAUUACACUUCAGUGGCUCAUCCAACACUCAAAAUCCAGAAGGAGCUGAAACUGCAGAGAUGGUUUCCCAGCUGUGUAUUGCCAUGUUGCUGUCAUGCCACACCCUCAUCACUCUGCAAUGAUGUACAGUUGUAUCUUCAACUCACGUGCUGCACUGUUCUGCUAGUGUCACCAGUUUUUUUUUCUUUUCCUUUUCCAAUUUUCACCUGAGUGUGCAUUAGUAAAAUUGCAAUUACUAUGUAAAAAAUUUGGAGUGUAAUUGGCAUUAUACAUCCUGCAAGGCUCUACUCUAACAUGGAGUAAGAAGCUCAUUUCCGAUCGACUUUUUGUCCCUUCAGGCAUUACCUGGUUGUUAAUACUCAGUGGUUUAUAGCACUAAUUUUGGGUAUACAACAACCCCUGUAGAAGAAGGGUAUACUCUUUUAAAAAGGCCUCAUAUCACAAAGAAUUUCUCUUCAUAGAGUCAAACACGAUGCCAAGAGGUAGUGUAUGUGGACCUGCAGGUGUUCCCUCUUCUGUCGAGAUCUAUUCAUCAUCUUCAAUGACUGUAACCUUUAGCUUGAUCAGGUUUCUUUUUAUUUUAGACAGCUGUGCAUUUAAGCAAGUCAAUUUAACCAGGUCUGUAUAAAUAUCAAGCUAGUAUGAUUUUUACCGACGUGAGUUGUGUGUGUAUGAAUAUAUGAUUCUAUUUAAAGUCUGAAUGUACAAAAAGUAAAGCUGUACUGGGUCGGGUGGUUCGUAUUGGCCUCUGUUUGUAAGUAGCCUCAGUGGAAAGAUGUCCUUUGUGCUGCCUCGAAGCUUAGAGAGUGGAGUGGCAGAAUUUAAAGUGCCUUGUGCAGUGUCUCUCACCUCUGAAGCAAAGCAGCAUGCAAAGUGUGCCUACCUGGGCAGAGUAAAAACACCACUUCAGUAUAACCAAGAAAUAAAAAGGCAUGCUUUUUAAUUUA